AUGAGAUCCUGCCUCACCGAAUUAUUACAAACACGGUACCACAACUAUGAAAUCCGUUUCACCGACGGCUCCAAGGCAGGAGGCAGGGUCGGCUUUGGAGUAACUGAUGGACAGACCUCGCACUUCUGGAGACUCCCCGAUCAAUGCUCGGUCUUCUCGGCCGAGACUGCAGCCCUCCAUUACGCAGCUUCCCUACCAUCCUCCUCCCCGCUAUGUGUACUAACCGACUCUGCUAGCGCCCUCGCGGCACUGGAAUCCGCCACUGCCCGCCACCUCUGGAUUCAGGCCAUACAAAACCACACCCCCCCUGGCACCACUUUCAUGUGGAUACCGGGACACUGCGGAAUUACCGGAAACACAGAAGCAGACCACCUCGCUGCCAUUGGACGAAAUGGCCGACUUGCCAACACUUCGGUACCCAGACAGGACCUGAAAAGUUGGAUCAAAUCAACCCUCAGGACGGCAUGGGACCGCGAAUGGUUCGCCAGGAGAGACCUCUUCAUCCGGAAGACCAAAGGGGUAACCCUUCCCUGGACGGAUGUCCCAAGGUUUAACGACCAGAGAUUCCUGUCCCGGUUAAGAAGCGGCCACACCCGCAUCACCCACAACAUGGGGAGCAGCAGUGGCAGAAACUUCCGCCAAAGAUGCGACACCUGCCUAACAAUAAUGACGGUCGAGCACAUUCUUAUAAACUGCCCUUGUUUCCACGGACCACGAGAACUUUACGGGAUCCCGGGCAACAUCCGAGACGCCCUUCAGAACGACCCGGUAGCAGAGGCACAACUGAUAUGUUUCGCGAAGGAGGCCGGAAUCUACAAGAGGGUUUAA